AACUUGCAACGUUUUAGAGAUUCAGCGCGCGUGUAAUAUAUAUUUCCCCUGAUUUUGAUUUCACUUUAUUUUGGAUCCAUGGCCAAUCUAUUUAACCCCAGCUCGUAUGGCCUGUAUUUGGUCCCGCUCUUCCUCCUUGCCUACGUCUCCGCCAACUCUUCUGCUGCACGCCUCUUCGCGUGCGCCUCCUUCCUCAUCCUGCGUCUCCUCCACAUUUGCAUCUGCCUUUACGAGGCCGCGCCGCACGGCUCCCCUCGCCGCGGCAUCAUCAGGGCUGCGGUCUGGUCGCUCUCCACUUUACUGACUGCGAUGUUCUCGUACUGCAUCGCGGAGACCCUUCCGCUGCCCGUGGCGGUGGUCGUGUGGUGCGCAGGCGCAGCGACAGUAACAUUCGGGUUCUACUUGCUGUUCGUCUAUAAUAAUUGUAAGAAUGACGGUGCAGCUGAUGCAACUGCGGCGGAGAAGCCAGCAGCUAUCGAUUAAUGCUGUUUUGUAUUUUUCAUGAAUUUGGGACGAAGCAUGCGCAGAUCACCGUAUACGUACUUUACUUCAGCGUAAUCUUAUGUAUCAUGUAUUAUAUGUAUAUUAAUAAAAUGGAAUAAUCCUUUGUAUAAAAA